CACAGUUGAAACUACACAAGAUCAAAGCAUUUUUAAUGCCAUACUGUACAAUUAAACCUUAACAUGUUCAAAGUGAUUACUUGAACAUGUACAAAGAGGUUUAAUAACUUUAUCUUUUUUAAUGUACACUCCCAUUUAUGAGGUUAAAAUAAACAAGCUCAUCAUCCAUAAGACUUUUUUUUUUUGAAAUUAUCCACAAGACUGAUAAGAGGUUGUUCGAUCAGAGAGAAUUACAGAGAAAAAAAAAUGGGAAUUCCAUCAAGAUUUAAAAGGAACGAGCCUUUCUGGAUUGCUUCUCCGUAUGAAGAAGCGAAGAUCCGAAGGAGCAAAGAGUGUACCCGAGAGGGUGUACGUGCGGGGGCCAAGGCUGCUGGAAUUGCAUGUGUUUGUAGUGCUAUUCCAACGUUAGUUGCAGUCCGAACCAUUCCUUGGGCUAAGGCUAAUCUCAACUACACUGCUCAAGCACUUAUUAUAUCUGGAGCUUCCAUUGCUGCAUACUUCAUCACCGCGGACAAAACAAUAUUGGAAUGUGCGAGGAAGAAUACCCAUUACGAUAGAACAACCUAGGACAAUCUGGAGGCGAAUGCGACUCGGGUGGGGCCAUAUACGUGCCCCCAUCCGCACACAUUUGCGCUCCACAUUGUGGAGGUUCAAGUUUCAUAACAGUGUUUGUACAAUGCAUGAACAAUUCUGAAAUUGUCUAAUAGUCACUCCCUUUGUCCUGUAAUAAUGCUUUAAAUUUCUUUUUUCAUCCGUCGCAAAAAAAAGUUCUCCUUCGACUUUUGGAAAAGUUUUUGUGGUUAUUAUUGUUUCUAUUUCCUCUACACCAAUUUUAAUCCUACAAAUUCAAUUUUCUUAAUUUCUGUGUUCGUCCAAUUGUGGAACAUUACAGCGCGGCAAAGGGAGUACUAC